AUGAGUACAGUGCAGGACUCAUGGAAAAACAAAGCUGUCUCUAAACUCAGUGACAUGUCCAGGAGUGGUAAUAGACCAGAUAAGGCCGAUGACAAGCUGGACCCGUGUGGCCGGGGGAGCUGGUGGCUGGGAGCACUGAAAGACACACCUAUCCCAGGUCUCUACCACAUCCGUGAUUUCCUUGAAGAAGCUGAACUGAACCCUGUGAGAAAGACCUACAGGUUCAAAGGCGUGGGCAGGGAAGCCCCCACUCUGGGCGUACGUAAGGGGGAUUUGCUUCUCCCCGGGGCGUAUGACUACAUAGACUCCAUCCAGGAGGUCCUGAAGAACAAGGCUUCCUACUCUUUCAAAAACUGUCCGCGGCCCAACAUCGUCACCCUGGGCAUCAGGGACAAGCAUAUAAACACUUCACCGUGCGACUACGAUGUGACAGCGAAACCAGUGGAGAAGAUUCCCUGCAAGCAUGUGAUGUUUCGGUCCACCGUGCAGCGGAUCAGCUUUCCUCCUAAGGAGGGACCUGCUCCAUGCCAAUAUAAUCCACAGACCAGACCAGGAAAAUGCAUCACUUCAAGCUUCAAAUCAACAUUGCCGCGGCUCCACAGUGUGCACUCGAAGACCCCAGGACCAGGGGCCUACGAACCUUGCUGGAAGUUGGGCGACCGUCUGACCGCAGAUCCCAUAGACCCGUCAUUUAGCCUCUUCUUCCGCAACAUUCUCUAGUGUUUGGACUUGAAUUCCUACAAUUCCUUGAUCCCACCACCAAC